AUGGCGGAUUCUAACAAGAGGAAAGCUGGCAAGGACACGGCAGGUGGCGCUGCUUUCAAGAAGAAGAAGAAGGGCAACAAUGGCAAAUGGAAAGUGCCGAGGGCAGAUGCGUCAGACAGGCCCAAGGCCAAUACCAUCGAGCCGGGCGACAUGGGCAUCUGGGUGACCUGCCCCAUGCACGUGAAGGGAAAGGCCGCGAGGGAGAUGGAACUCCUGUUCGACGAGUAUGCCGACAAAAUGUACGGGAUCAAGUCCGGAGAGGACUGCGAUGCAUCAGACGCGGAGGACGAGGACAUCGAAUCCGCCAUCCAGAAGGAACUUGGUGCCCUGAAAGACAAGGGCAAGCGAGCAUCUGACCAUGUGCUCGCAGAGGUCCGAAUCAAGGAGGAGUGCCUGCUUUUCACGAGAUGCAAGCCUCCAAUAGAGCCCGUCGAGUUCUCCAGGCGAAUAUGCCAGGACGCGGCUAGUACUGGCCAUGGAGGGGCCAAGGCCCGGUAUCUCAACAGGCUGACACCUCUGACUGCCAUCGCAAAGGCUUCUGAGGCUGGUCUUGACGAAGCGGCCAGGAAGGCCCUGGCCGGCCACUUCAAGCUCAAGCCUGCAGGCACUGAUGAGCAAUCGAAACCCGAAGCCGCAGGCACCCUGUCGGAGGCCCAACAUGAUGGAGUGGAUCAGGAGGCAAAGCCAGCCACGUACGCUAUCCGGCCGUCCAUCCGCAGUCACAACACUCUGAAGAGGGACAAUGUGAUCAAACGCAUCGCCGACUCCAUUGAUCACGUGCACAAAGUGAACCUUGGCGCCCCAGACAAGGUCAUACUGGUGGAUAUUUACCAGACGGUGUGCGGUUUGAGUGUUGUCCCGGGCGACUGGGAGUCCCUGAAGAGGUACAACUUGACCGAACUCUACAAACUGUCAAGUGAAAGCAAAGGCGAAACUAUAGAGGCGGAAGAGAAGAGUGUUGGCAUCGAGGCACCUUCAGCGACUUAG